UGGGAACCUCCCCCGCUUGUUUAUAAGGAAUUGAGCGAUCUCACGCAGCAGCAUUUUUCUAUCUGUGUGCAGAGGAAAGUGUACCUACGAUCAGAAAACAUGAGAGCCCUCAUCCUGUUUGUGUGCCUGUCAGUGGGCUGCCUUGCUCAGAGACCACAACCAUGCACAUCCCCACCGCUGCUGACUGGAAGCCUCAGUGUGUCCACACAAAGUGAGAAGUUGAUGGCUUAUGCCGAGUACAGCUAUGACGCACUGGGAAAGCGCAUCCGCCUCACAGAGUUUGGAUCUUAUAGAAAUAAGACCUUCCACCUCGAUGUGCUUUUACUCUUCAGUAAGGGUGUCAUGUAUGAAAUUAACAACAAGAACCGCACAUGUUGCAAGAAGCCACUGAGUGCAGACUUUCACCCCAUGGAGAUCCCGCGGAAUGCGUCCUUGCUGGGACAGGUUGUCAUAGGCAGCUCCUCUGGUCCAGGACAGGGACUCCUAGUGAACACCUGGGGGGGUGAGCUGCAAAUGAAGAAGGAACCAGCAAAGUACAUGAGCACUGUCACAGAGUUUGGAUGCAUCCCUGUCACCACUCUGUUUCAUACCAAUAGAAGUGGAUGGAUGAUGACCAACUUCUUCAACAACGUCAUCGGACUAGUGGAACCUCAACGGCUUGUCCCUCCAGAGUUCUGUAAGGACGUCCAGCUGGAAGAAGGGCCUGAUGAGGAUCCAUUGACCUUCUUCAGUUUGUUUUAAAAUAAAAUAUUUUCAGAAAUGUA